CCACUUCCACCCCCCUUUCCUCCUUCCACAAAAACGUUAGACGAAGGCUACAAUCCUAUUCUCUUAUCUCUUGCUUUCGGUCUUUGGGUGAUAUGUCUGGAGAAAAUAACUGUGACUCACCUGCGGACGCCGUAACAGAGGCUGCUGUCCUUAAGGCCUUUGGUACCAGAACUCCCCCGGCCGGUGCGCAAAAGAAGCCCCCGCAAGAAAACUCAGCUCCUUCUGCAUCAAGCUCAAUGAAAACGUCAUCCGCUCCAACCGAGCCCGGAAAGCUUUCAGCCAAGGAGCUCAAAGAAAAGAGAAAGCGAGAGAAAGCCGAUCGUCGUCAACAAGCUAAAUCUAAUACUCCUGCUACUCCUCAGCGCCCGCAAAAACCUCAACCACCCAAGAAGGAGGUUCAGGGUAAGGGGAAAAAGGGAGUCCAGCCCACUGUGGCCCACGACUCUGGUAUUGUCAAGACCAUUUAUAGCCAACAGCCCAGCAAAAUUCCCGCUGGAGGAAGAGAACAGGAGACCGUUCUCGGGACAAGGGAUAAGGAUCUUCCGGGUCUUAUGAAAGAGUUGGAGAUUGAGCAGCAUGAGAAAAAGAAGAAGCCUGUGUUCGGGAUAAACAAUGCCCAUCCCGAUGUUCACCCCGCAAUCCUUACAUUGGGUGUGCAGAUGAAUCAAUUCAUUCUUGUCGGAAGUAGUGCCCGGUGUUUGGGAUUUAUGUUGGCGAUGAAACGACUAAUUAAUGAUUAUGAAUGCCCCGCCGGGGCAACUAUAAGUCGUCACCUUCCUGGCCACUACUUCUCUCGUCAGAUCGAUUACCUCAUCUCAGCGCGUCCUAUGUCGACUGCUUUGGGAAACUCUAUUCGCUGGCUUAAGACAGAAAUUGCCGCUAUUUCCCCCGAGCUCUCGGAAGAAGCAGCGAAGAAGCUCCUCUGUGAGAAGAUUGAUGUUUUUAUUCGCGAACGUAUUACUGCUGCUAGUGAGGUGAUCGUGAAUACCACUGCCGGUCGUUACAUCAGCGAUGGUGAUACGAUUCUUACCUUCUCCAAGUCUUCAGUGAUUGAGAGGUCUCUACUCGAAGCACAUUCUCGCGGAAUGAGCUUCAAAGUGCUUGUCGCAGAUAGCAGUCAUUUAUUCGAAGGAAAGAAUUCGUUAACUACGUUGGUGAGAGCUGGGGUUGAUGUUGAGUAUAUCAAAAUGGUACUCGUCGAACAAUAUAUGGGCGGUGUCACAAGAGUUCUUCUGGGGGCUCAUUCCCUUCAGGCUAAUGGGUCUCUCUACUCACGUGCUGGAUGUUCCAUGAUUGCCCGCUCUGCCUCUCAGAAAGGGAUCCCUGUGAUCGUUUGCUGUGAGAGCAUCAAGUUCUCAGAGAAGUUCACCUCGGGUGGAAUUAUUGGAAAUGAAUUUGGUGACACCGAUAUAAUUGCCCCUGACAACAAUUGCGAUAACGGCGGGGUCUUCGGGGGAUGGCGUAACCAGUCCACUACCAGCCUCUCUAGUUUUAUGUUUGACACCACUCCGGCCAAGUAUAUCAAAGCCGUCAUCUCUGAACACGGCACGCUGGGACCAACCAACUGCCCCAAUGUCCUGAGGGCAAAUAGCAGUUCUGCACCACUGAAGUAGGCUUGAAUAUGGCCUAUUUGACCACAUCUUCAUUUGAUUUGUUAACACUCUUUCUUCGCCUGUAUGGCGAGUUUAUGUGGCAUAUCGCUAUUAUUAUAUCUAUAGUAGCUCAUGACUUUCUUUCUUUUCUUGUAUUCACCUACAGGUUUCUUUUCAAUGAUCAUCUCUUGUAUUUUUGUCAUGUCAGUCUUGAUUCGUCUUGUGAGCCUGAUUAUUU